AUGCGUCGGCUCCUGCUCAGCGCGAUGCUCCUGGCGGCGCUGCUGGACGCGGGCCGAGGGCUCCCCGUGAGGAAGCCGCGCGGUCUGGAGCCCCAGUCCAGGAGCCACGCGAGGCUGGAGGAGGCCUCAGCCACCCUAAAUCCUGACUCUUCUGGAAAAGAGGAGGAGACACCAGGGCUCCCCAGAAACCAUGUCCAGGCAGGGCCAUGCCAGGACAGGUGCCAGACCCUCCCUGAUCCAGUGGCCCUGACCCCGGGCAUGGCCAUCCCUCCUGGGGCCCUGGAAGCUACCCCUUUGCUGCUGGAGUUGCAGAAGCUACCAGGAUUGGCCAACACAGACUUGAGUGCCCCGAACCCCAACAUCCAGGUGAGACUACAGAUGCUGAGCGCACUCACCCUGGCUCCCUGCCUUGAUGCAGACUAUGAGCCCCAGGAGGAGUGGAGCCCCUGGUCUCCUUGCAGUGGGAGCUGCAGCAGCGGCAGCCAGCGACGGACUCGGUCCUGCGGCUAUGCCUGCACUACCACCGAGUCCCGUGUCUGUGACCUGCCUCCCUGUCCUGGCACCAAGGAUGAGAACACCUUGGACUUCCCCAGUGAGGGGUGGCUGCCCCUGGUCCACAAUGCGACGGGUAUGUUUGACCCAGCUGUGGACAGCUGUGAGAAGUGGCUGAACUGCAAGAGCGACUUCCUAUCCAAGUACUUGAGCCAAGUGCUUCAGGACCUGCCCAGCUGCCCCUGUGUGUACCCCCGGGAGGCUGUGUACCGUGCGGUGAGCCUGCAGGACGAGCUGCAGGGUCGCAGCUUCCAGUGGCGGGAUGCCAGUGGGCCCCGUGAACGCCUGGACAUCUACCAGCCUACGGCGCGCUUCUGCCUACGUUCUGAGCUGUCCAAGGACAGCAGCACACUGGCCGCCCAGCACUGCUGCUAUGACGAGCAGGGUCGGCUGCUAACCCGUGGCAAGGGCGCAGGCGCGCCGGACCUCAUCAGCACCAACUUCUCUCCUGAACUGCACUUCAAGGUGGACACGCUGCCCUGGAUCCUGUGUAAGGGGGACUGGAGCCGAUACCACACCGUGCGGCCCCCCAACAAUGGCCGAGCCUGCACUGACAACCCUCUGGAAGAAGAAUAUCUGGCCCAGCUGCAGGAGGCCAAAGAGUACUGAUGUGGAUGCCCCACUUCUGUGGCUCCUCAUCCUGCUUCUGCCUCUGCCCACACUGGGUGGGUGCAAGGGCCCACCAGGUCUUGUCUGUGG